AUGGCAUACUAUGGGGAGCUAAAUGUAUUCAUCGCGGCUGAGAUCGAAUGGGGUGCCAUAGACCCUACGGCCCUUGAUCAAGUUAUCCAUAGGGGUGAAGAGAAAGAGACACGUCUCUUGGCCGAGUUCGAUAUCAACCUGACCCUUACAAAGCGUCGCCUUACUUCAAUAGGACCGUAUUAUACGGAUGGGGCUACGAUAAACGGCGGCCGUCUUGAAGAUAACGCAUUUAUACUAAGGACCUUCCACGUUCGACUAGAAAAAGGGAGUUUUAUCCCUAUUACCAAUAUAUGCGAUGGCAAGGUAUAUCAAUUUACUAAGAGGUAUGCACUUCGCCUGGCCUUUGACAAGACCCCGUUCCCUCCAAGCGCAGUAUGGAAACGUGGCUGGCAACCUUGGACCAGAGAUCCGGGCAUCGAUGAUUGGACGGCUCUCUAUGUGGAACCGAUAGAACUGGUAACCGACAUGGAGAUAUGGAAUUGGUAUAAAGAUUCAUACGAGGCCAAGCGCCAAAAAGCAGAAAGGUUGGAGAGGGUAAAUGGAACAGACAACCCUACCGAUUCAGCCAAAUCAGAUUGA